AGCGCGUGGAGCAGGCAUGGGGAUCAACAACCGGGAUGAGCAGGACGAGGCGAUCAGGCUGCUGCGGCAGAGCUCCAUGUUCCAUGCUUGCUCUGAGAGCACUCUCAGAAAGCUUGCACAAGACAUGUCCAAAGAAGAGUUCAGCAAGGGUCAGACCAUUCUGGAGCAGGGAUGGCCUCAGAGCAGAGCGUUCUUCAUCGCCGACGGUCAGAUCCGGCGCGAGCGAGUCGUCAAUGAUCAAAGCCAUCAGGUCGUGGACAUGUUCGGCAACACAGAGCCAGACAAGUUCGGCAACCGCAAGAUCGCCAUCGGUGCCCUGCACGUCCUGCACGAAGAGCCAGCGUUUGCCAACGCCAAAGCGAUGAGCAACGGCUACAUGUACUCGCUUCCUGCCACUGUGCUCAAGAAGCACCUGGAGAGCCCUCAGUUCAGCACAGAAGUGGUUCAGAGUCUGGCAGUGGAAGUGAGGAGACAGGCGAAUCAAGUCCGAUGGCUCAUGCGCACUCCUCUCCUGGAGCAGCGACCCAAGAAGACCAACGUGAUUGCCGUCACCAUCGCUGCUUCCAUCGAGAGCUUCUAUCGAUCUGGCCUCAAUGCGGCCAUGAAUGCUCGUCUGUCCGGUCACUGGGGCAAGCUCUUUCCCAACAUGCACAUUCAGUGUCCUGCUCGUAUCCUAUACAUCAACGGCUUCAAGGGGCUCCGCCAGUACAUGGACUACAAGGUAAAACCCGAGGAGUUUUCUAACCCAACCGCCGUCCGUCUCGGAAUGUCUUUCGCUCCAGGUAUCCUCAUGACUCCUCUCAGCAGCGUGUUGGAAGCUUCCAACGCCGGGCACAUGAACCCGGAGCCCAUCACGACGAGGUGGAUGCGAGGCAUUUCAUGGCGUCUUGUGCGCGAGGUCAUCUUCGGACUUGGUCUCAAUCAGAUGAGUGACUACUGGGAGGAGCGCAUUCCUCAGAGCAUCGUUCAGUCAGAAGCUCUUCGCACGGCGUUCGGGUCGAUGAUCUCAGGAGUCUUGUCUGGGUACCUCUCGCACAUCCCCCACAACCUCUCGACGCUCAAGCUCAUGACUCCCUCCAAGACUUACAUGCAGCACCUUGAGUCGCUCGUCUCUCAGUCUGAGAGCCGCAUCCCGACCAGUUUCUCUCCGGGCACCCGUAAGGCCAUGGCAACCUUCGCUGCGAUCGCGUUCCCUCGGGCUGUUCUCAUCCGCACAGCUCAGAUUGUUGGCUCCUUUAUUAUCCUCAACGGCACCAUCAACGCCUUGAAGUACGCUGAGCUGCCAACUUCCAUCCCCACAGCCUUCUAA